AUGUUCCAUUUUGCAGGUGAACCUCCAUCCACCACUACCACUAGAAGCACAAUUACCCCAAAUAUAAGAACCACUGAGAUUGAAUCAACGGGUCAUCUCAGUACUGAGAGUCCUUCUUUUGAGCAGCCUUCAACCAAAGAAGUGGACCAAACAAGACUCACCUCAACGACCCCAAAUAAAAUAAGCACCAUCAAAGAACACUCAACCAGUACAGAGAGUACUUCUCCUGAGCAGCCUACAACCCUACAGCUGGAGAAAUCAACAUCCCUUCCUGAACAAACUCCUCAUUCCACCAGACACACAGAGACUCCAAAUGAAAGAACCACCACUGAGAUUGGAUCAACCACUGGUCAUCUCAGUACAGAGAUUAUCUCCUCUGAUCCACCUUCAACUAAAGAAGUGGACCAAACAAUAAUCAAUACCAGUGUGACUCCAGAAAAGCAACUUCCAUCCACCACUACCACUAGAAGCACAAUUACCCAAAAUAUAAGAACCACAACUGAGAUUGGAUCAACCACGGAUCAUGUCAGUCCUGAAAUAACCACAUUUGAGCAGCAAUCAACUAAAGAAGUGGACCAAACAAGAAUCAUUACCAGUGAACUUCCAUCUACCACUACCACUAGAAGCACACUUAUUCCAAAUAUAAGAACCACUGAGAUUGAAUCAACCACUGAUCAAUUCAGUACAGAGAGUACUUCUCCUGAGCAGCCUACAACCCUACAGCUGGAGAAAUCAACAUCCCUUCCUGAACAAACUCCUCAUUCCACCAGACACACAGAGACUCCAAAUGAACGAACCACCACUGAGAUUGAAUCAACCACUGGUCAUCUCAGUACAGAGAUUAUCUCCUCUGAUCCACCUUCAACCAAAGUACUGGACCAAACAAUAAUCAAUACCAGUGUGACUCCAUCUACCACUACCACUAGAAGCACAAUUACCCCAAAUAUAAGAACCACAACUGAGAUUGAAUCAACCACUGAUCAUCUCAGUACUGACAGUCCUUCUGUUGAGCAGCCUUCAACCAAGGAAGUGCACCAAACAAUAUCCAUUACCACUGUAACUCCAGAAAAGCCACUCCCAUCCACCACUACCGCUAGAAGCACAAUUACCCCAAAUAUAAGAACCACUGAGAUUGAAUCAACCACUGGUCAAUUCAGUACAGAGAGUACCUCUCCUGAGCAGCCUACAACCCUACAGCUGGAGAAAACCACAUCCCUUCCUGCCAAACAUAUCGUCCACAUGAGGAUGAGAUUCACCUCUACGUCACAGCUGAGUGAAGACGACAUCAACAAGCUUUUGCUAGAGCAGUUUCGCAAUCUACUUAUAGAAAGGGGACUUCCUACAAACAUCAGGGUGGGUUUGAAGAAAUCACCGAGAAUAAACAACUUUCUGGACGACGGAGGUACAAAUGAAGAACCAGCGAAGAGAUGAAGAAAGGAGAGGCUGAAUGAAGUCUUGCUUUUAUCCUUGCUUCUUCUUCGACCACACACAAAUGUAUUUGACAUCAGAUAAUGUAAAAGGUCUGAAAGGAAAACUAUCUAUAACUCUACUUGUGUUUUUUAUCAUUUGAGAUAGUCAUUUUGGUCUCUAUGUUACGUUUAUUCUCACUUUCUUUUUUUAAGAUUAGCCUGUAUUCAAAACUUUGUGUUAAACAUGAGUGUGUGAAGCAGUAUCCUGACACAACUGUCAUAUGUAUAAGAUAUUAACCAUUUGUUGUCUACAUCAAAUCCUUUGUUAUCAAACAUGUCUGAUUUUAUGUUUGUUAAAUUCGAUCUAAAUAAGUAUA